AUGGAUUCCUCUAAUCAGUCGUCACGACCCUUCCGUGUUGGCUGCAAAAAGUGUGGAUUUUCGGGUCACCUGACUUUUCAGUGUCGGAAUUAUUUGCGUUCUGGCGAAACGGGAAAUAUUGAUUUAGACAUUGAAAGCACAAGUUCGGACUCGGACGAUGAUGAGAUGCUUAAGGAGGCCAUUGCGAAAAGGAAGGCAGAGCUGGCUGCUGCCAAAAAGGCCUUAAAGAAGAAGCAGAAGGCGAGGUCCGUUCAUCCCCUUUUAUUUCCAUUUCCCAUCGUUCAAUGCCAUCCACCAACAUAUCUUCCUUUUUAG